UGUUACGUCACUCGGAGUUAGCUUCCGGCUGCUGUGCUGUUGCAAUCAUAUGAAGACGCAAUAGAAUCCGGAGAGACUUGGUUAGAAAAGUCUAGCUGUCGGUAAAAGGAAUAUAACAUCUGUCGUCUUGUUGGAUGAUAACAUUAAGGUCCGGUCUCUUGCCUUCAGCUCGUGCGUAGCGGCGGUAAUGGCCAACGCGGCCCCUCCAGCCCCCGGUCCCGCCCCGGCGGACACCCCCAGCCCCGGAUCCGGCGUCGGCGGCUCGUCCACGAGCGAGGCGGGCGGCCAGGACAGCACCUUCGAGUGCAACAUCUGCCUGGACACCGCCAAGGACGCGGUCAUCAGCCUGUGCGGCCAUCUCUUCUGCUGGCCCUGUUUACACCAGUGGUUGGAGACAAGGCCAAACCGGCAGGUGUGUCCCGUGUGUAAAGCCGGGAUCAGCAGAGACAAAGUCAUCCCUCUCUAUGGCAGGGGAAGCACCGGGCAGCAGGACCCACGGGAGAGGACCCCCCCUCGACCCCAGGGCCAGAGACCGGAGCCAGAGAACAGAGGCGGGUUCCAGGGUUUGGGGUUUGGUGAUGGAGGGUUCCAAAUGUCGUUUGGAAUCGGGGCUUUCCCAUUUGGAAUCUUUGCCACAGCGUUUAACAUCAACGAUGGGAGACCACCUCCAGCCGUUCCUGGGACGCCCCAGCACGUCGACGAGCAGUUCCUCUCCCGCCUCUUCCUGUUUGUGGCACUGGUCAUCAUGUUCUGGUUGCUCAUCGCCUAGACGACCGGCAGAACUGGGGAAACGCGGACACGAGAGGAGUCUCUUCACUUUUCCCACGAGGUGGAACGGGAAAGAUAAUCACUCGCCGAGAUGGGAACGGAACGUCUCUCCUCUCCGUCCCUUCCUGUUCUUGUUUUUGUUUUAUGGACUGAUGCAUGAAAUGAUGAAACAUGACUGUGGCUAUACCGUGUUUUAAAAGCGGCAACUAGCAGCCCUCCCUGGGGGCGCAGGAGGGCCCUUUGGAGCAACGCGUUGCGAGAUGCAGGAUCACCUAACACGCGGAGGCAAAGCCCUGUUGUUUUCUUCCCGUUUGACGGUGUUUCCAUUGGAAAGCGAAGCCGGUUUGAGAAAUGGAAUGUUGCUUUUGACUCUGUAAUUAUAGCCCCUAAUCAAGCACAUUUAAUAAACAUAGCCUCCUGCUGUCCCCUGAGAGAAUCCACAUGGGGCCUCUAAGCCAGUCAGAGGCCAGCAUACUGUGUGCCGAGAGACACAGCUGAUUUCUCUCCGUUUUUGUCUGUUCCAGAGCAGACCAGAUACUUUCACCCUGUAGACCCCAGUAAAAUGAUUGUGGAUUACAGAAAAGAAACAUCUAAUUUCACCAAUAUUCAUAAAACCUUUUCCUUAGAUCUUAACAUUUUGUUCAUUGACAUUUUGGUUUUUUUCUUUUUUUCUGGGAUCUAUGACUGACAUUUUAAUGCCAUUUAGAGUUGCUGUAUUUCAGAGAUGUGUGUGUGUGUGACCCAGGUCUGGUGGAAUAACCAGUUCCGUUUUUUCAUCCUAAAGUGGGUCUGGGCCUAAUUUAGUGACUCUAAUCUCUGGGCAGAAUAAGGAUUGUUCUUUCAUCUUUGAAGGGGGGAAAAAAAAACGUUUGGACCCACCGACGUCCCACCGACGUCUACUUGGGAAAUUCUAUGGCCCCUGGGCAGGAUAUGAUAAGACCUCUCUGCUAAAGCAUUUCAUCAAGAUGCUCCACUCGGCAGCCCACGGUCUGCCAGGUUUUAUGAUUUUUGUCCUCAGGGUCCAGGUUACAUGCUUUGAGCAUUCGGCUGUGUGUAAACGCUUCGCAUGGGUCACCACUUCUCUUAGUUUUUAUUACCAGAGUUCUCAUUUAUAACGGAAUGGUUAUAUCAUGAGCAACUUAGUUCAAGUCUGGUUUUUGGAGAUUCUCUUUCCAAUAAAAGCUGCAAUGCAGAGGACGGCCAGCAGAGGCCAGUGUUUCCCCCCAUGAGUAGAGCCCUAUAGAAACGAGUACUGUGGGGAAUAGGCAGGCUGUAUUGUAUCUUAUUUAAUUAUUAAAUAAUACUUAUUAAUUUCUUCAUUUUAUUUUUCACUAAGUUGUGAUCAGAUAACAGUAUUUUCUUCAUUAAUACCUAUGCAAUGUCUCUUAUUUUCCCUCUCUAAAUUAGUUUAUUCUUUGGAUCAUUAAUAGUACUGUGCUGCAUAAUUAAAAUGUUUUAAUUUGAAAACGGCAUAUUUCGGUGAAAGUGCAAUCAUUGUAAUUGGUGUAAAUGAGGAGUACGUGGGCGUGAGGGUGAUGAACCAAGAAGUGAAUGUGUCCAGGCAGAUUGGUGACCUGAAGUUGUUCCGUGGCGGUUGUGCGAGUGAGAGAUUGAACUCCUGUGGGGGAAAAAACACCUGCUGACUAAAACUGUAUUUUACCUGUCUUAGAAAUAAAUCUGUUUUCAUUCUU